UUCAAAGUCAUGGACAGCCUACUGUUCCCACCGAAAGUGGAGUUGAGGCUACGCUUGGUCGAAAGCACAUCGCUAGAAGUUACCGUUGAAAACACGACUGAGGAAACCAUCACUGUACAACCUCGAGGCCACCAAAAUUUCCUUGUUCCAUGGGGUCCCAUGCAGCCAGAGCCCGAUGUGCUCGACGACCGUCCGAGAAUCAUCGACUCUACGCCACAAAACUAUGCUCCGAUAUCUAGUCUCGUGGUUCUUGAUGCUGUAACAGGAGAAGUGGUCCGCGGACAUGAAGAUCCUAGCAAGUGUCACUUGAGAGACCCCAAAGCCGAUACGCGACCGAGAGUAGACGAGUUGAUAAAAUUGGAGCCGCACAAAUCUAUUACUGUUGUGCAUCAGAUCGAUUGGAAAAUGAAAGGACUACAGGAUGGAAAGUACAAGAUCCGGAUGCAUCCAAAGGGCUGCCGCUGGUGGCGUGGAAAAGUUGAGAACGAGGAGGGCGAAGACGGAAAGGUUCCAGCACGACUAUGGAAAGGAGUUGUUGUUCCGCUCAUGCUUAGAUCUCAAGAUGAGUUGGAAGUGACUAUUAAAGAUGGAAAGGUGGACGGCGCUUUGUAAGGCAUGGCGGGUGGAAGGAAUGACGCUACCAGUGCAUGUACACCAGCAUCCUUUUCGAUAUGUAUUCCAGGCAUUGCAACCAAUUCCA